UCUUCUCAGACUCCAAUGAGAAGCCAAUCAGCGUCACUGCGACUCCCUGCUAUAAAGUCCGCACGGACCCGCCUCCACUCAGCUUCCCUGACUCAGAGCAGGCGGGUCAUGACGCCUGGAACCCUCCUCCUGCUGCUCUCGGGGGCCCUGGCCCUGACCGAGACCUGGGCGGGCUCCCACUCCGUAAGGUAUUUCCUCACCGCCGUGUCCCGGCCCGGCCGCGGGGAGCCCCGCUUCGUCCUCGUCGGCUACGUGGACGACACGCAGUUCGUGCGGUUCGACACCGACGCCCCGAAUCCGAGGAUGGAGCCGCGGGCGCGGUGGGUGGAGCAGGAGGGGCCGGAGUACUGGGAACGGGAGACACGGAUAUACAAAGGCACCGCACAGAUUUUCCGAGAAAAACUGCGCACCGUUCCCGGCUACUACAACCAGAGCGAGGCCGGGUCUCACACCUACCAGAGGAUGUUUGGCUGCGACGUGGGGUCGGAUGGCCGCUUCCUCCGCGGGUACAGCCAGGACGCCUACGACGGCGCGGAUUACAUCGCCCUGAGCGAGGACCUGCGCUCCUGGACCGCGGCGGACGCGCCGGCUCAGAUCACACAGCCCCAGUGCGAGGCGGCUGGUGAGGCGGAGGAGGGGCGGAACUACCUGUAGGGCACCUGCGUGGAAGGGCUCCGCAGACACCUGGAGAUCGGGAAGGAGACGCUGCAGCGCACAGACCCUCCAAGGACCCAUGUGACCCAUCACCCUAUCUCUGACCAUGAGGUCACCCUGAGGUGCUGGGCCCUGGGCUUCUACCCUGCGGACAUCUCACUGACCUGGCAGCGUGAUGGGGAGGACCAGGCCCAGGACACGGAGCUCGUGGAAACCAGGCCUGCGGGGGACGGGACGUUCCAGAAGUGGGCGGCCCUGGUGGUGCCUCCUGGAGAGGAGCAGAGAUACACUUGCCAUGUGGAGCAUGAGGGGCUUCAGGAGCCCCUCACCCUGAGAUGGGAGCCGCCUCCUCAGCCCACCGUCCCCAUCAUGGGCAUCAUUGUUGGCCUGGUUCUCUUUGUGGUCACUGCAGCUGUGGUGGCGGGAGUUGUGAUCUGGAGGAAGAGGCGCUUAGGUGAAAAAGAAGGGAGCUAUGCUCAGGCUGCAAGCAGUGACAGUGCCCAGGGCUCUGAUGUGUCUCUCACGGAUCCCAGAGAGUGUAAGACAGCUGCCUUGUGGGGGACUGAGUGAGUCCCACUUUGUGACUUCAGAUCCCCUGACUCUUCUUUCUGCAGCUGCACCUGGAUGUGUCUGUGCUCCUAUUAGCACAAUGUGAGGAGGUGGGGAGACUGGCCCACCCCUGCCCCCUACACCCCUCCCCACCCUGACCUGUGUUCUCUUCCCUGGUUGACUUUCCUUUUCCAGCAGAGGCAGGGCUGGGUCAUCCCAUCUUAUCUUUGUGUUGUAACUUAGUAAUAGUAUCUUACUUUCCUAAUGAGAAUGAA